AAAUCACUGCGAGUGCGAAGAAUCUCUCUACUUUUGUUUGUUUGGCAGUCCCUUCCCUUUCUUCUUCAUCGGAAAUUUUUUAAAAAGCUCUAAACCUGUGCCAGUUUUUCGCACUUUCUCUCUCUAGAAAUCGAUACAUACAAUUGCUUAUUGUGUAUAUAUAUCUUAGGGUUAGGGUUAGGGUUUUCCAACUGCUAAAGGGUUUUCUAACUGUACGAUUGUGUAAUCAACCGCACGAUGUAUGCUGAUCGUGUGGAGGCCACAUCCAGGAGGUCCAUAAAGGAGCGUCUUUAUGGUAACACCGGAGACGAUUCUAUUCGCCGGAGGCAAUUUACCGGCAAGAGCCUAACGAGAAGAAUGACUUCCGGGUCAUGUUUUUGGAGGAGUGAACGUGAAAAUCAAGCAUUAGAGCAUUCAUGGGCACAUAAGGUGCUUUGAUCAGUUACAUUACAUGCAGAGGCAAGAUGAUGACAAGUGGGAACAUGAUCUUUACAAGGAUGAUGAACCUCAAGUUUCAAGUACGGUUUCUUGUGACAUGAUUGAAUUCAACUAGUGAUUGCUGCUUAAGUUGCAUGAAACAUAUUGAAAUAUAUCGCAUAAUUGGUGGUAAAGAUCUUCGUCUGAAGCUCCAGAAGAAGAGUGUCCAGCAAGAAAGUCUAAGUGGAAAUGGAUCUGUUUCAGGUGUAAGGGAUCUCCGUGAAAAGCUCUCUGGCACGAUGUACUCACAGCCGGUGAACACUGAUCCCCCGAAGCCAAAGCGAAAGCCAGUACUUAAGGAUAAUAAAUCUGUGAGGAAUAAUGUUAUUGUUGAAGCCCCUGAACCAGAGACCAAAAAAGUUGCUAGCUCAGUCCGUAGGACAAAGACUCCGCAAAAGGCUGAAUCUGUUGAUAGUUUCCUGCAAUCCCUCGGUCUGGAAAAAUACUCAAUUACAUUCCAAGUGGAGGAAUUCCUUUUACUAUUUUGGCACUUCAUGCUGUUUGUGCAGGUUGAUAUGACAGCACUCGUGCACAUGACUGGUGAGGAUCUGAAGGCUUUAGGAAUACCAAUGGGUCCAAGAAAGAAGAUACUUUUGGCAUUGGAAUCCAAUGUCUGACAUUUGGAGUGGACCAGGUUCUUUUGCAUGUUUUCUUGGAUCCUAAUGUUAUGGUCCGAUAACGUUCUCGCAAGUCCCCGGCCUUGUUUUAACUGGUACAACUCUGCAUGUAACUUUCUGGGAUUAAUUCUUCAGUUGUAUUGGUGAAAAUGGCUUCAGUGAGCUUAUUGUUGGUAUCAAAUGAAUAUGGAAGAUUCGUAGCUUGGGAAAGAUUUAAAAACUUGAAUUUGUUGAAUUAUGUUGAUGCUUUAUUAUACCAGGAUUUUCUCUUCCAUAGGUGGGAGAGUGAGGGAGAGAGAAUGUACAAGCAAAACUGUUAUGAAUGUACGUCACAUUCUUAGGUAUUGAUUUAGA